UGUGUUUGCGAUCACGCGAUGGACGCUGCAGCUGUGUAAAGGGACCUGUUAUGGCUACUGGUGCUGCUCUUCGUAGAGGAGCCGUUCUGUGCCCGCGCGAAGACGGUUCGUAUCUUGAGGUUCUCGAAGACCAGCGAGGAGAGACGUUUGAUCGACGCUUUGGGUGAGGGGAGCGCUGUCACCGGCGCCCUCUCCCCCUGGCACUCCCGGCGGCAGGAUGAACUACAUUGGGCGGAUCAUCACCAAUGUGCGGGAGUUCUGCAACGAGAUCAACUCGGCCACCCUAACGGGGGCCAUCGACGUGGUGGUCGUCGAGCAGCCCGACGGAUCCUUUGCCACCUCGCCCUUCCACGUGCGCUUCGGCAAGAUCGGAGUCCUACGGAGCAGGGAAAAGAUAGUUGACAUUGAAAUCAAUGGAAAACCUGUAAAUAUUCACAUGAAGCUCGGGGAAUCCGGGGAAGCAUUUUUCGUCGAAGAAGUAACCGAAGAGUCGGCGCAGGUGCCGACGUACCUGGCGACCUCCCCGUUGCCCGACUGCCACGACAUUGGCGAGGCACUGCACAAGCUCAAGGCGGCACUAAGUCGGCAACAACUAGACGAGGAAUGCCGGCAGCUGUCCAGCCAAUGCCCGGCAAACGUCAGCGACGCGGAAGACGACGUUGGUCCCCCGACUAUCACUGGCUCGACGCCGGUUACGCCCAUCCCCUCGACGUCGGUUGGGGAGCAUAGGCGACCGUCGACGGCCAGGGUACACAAGCCGACGCCGAUCUUGGCCCGGCAUAGGCCGCAGGAGUCCAUCGGGGUGCAGACGGAGCCCGCACUCACUGGCUGCGACGAGGACGAGCGUGACGAGCGCCUCUCCCUCAGCCCCGUUCCCGGGGAGGAAUCCGCCAAGCCCCCCUCGGCCCCUUCGUCGCAGCCGCCCCAGGGCAAGCGGCGCCGCAAGAAGAAGCACUCGGUGCACCGGCGGUCCCGCUGCCCCCCCGAGGACGCCCCCCUCCACACCCGCGUGCCCCAGCAGGGGGCAACGGAAGACACCCAGCAGGACAUCUUCCAGAUGGACAGCGACUUCGAUGACGACCGGACGGUGUCUAUCGGCGUGGCGUCCCCGUCGUCCUCUUCCCCCUCGCCCCAGCGGAGCCCCUUGGGGCCAUCCCUGUUCCUGAGCCGUUCGGUGACCAUGCCCUCCAACCUGAGUGCUGCACGGGACGAGUGGCAGCAGCACCUGAUGUCGACGCCCAAGCGGCUGUCGGUGACGUUUCCAGGAGGCGGAGGGUUCCACCCGUACAGUGAUGGGGACAUCACGCCUCCACACAGCCCGCACACGAGCCGUCCGUCGAGCCCCAAGUCGGACACUGAGUACGAGAACCAGAUGAUGGACGCCAACAGCCAGACCGAGGACAACACCAUCAGCUGGACCUGGGGGGAGCUGCCCCACAUCCCGGCCUCCUCGCGCUUCUCGGACAACGAGAUAGACGGCACCAAUGUCGCCAACCAGCCCAGGCGAAUCUCGUUGGAUGUGACGGAGGAGCGCAAGCUCGGUGGGCCACUCCUCUCCUCGGACGAGGAGGAUCUGCCGGACAAGCUGAAGGGGGAGGUCGGUAACCAGUCUGUGCUGGGCGGCGUGCUGAGCUUCAUGAAGCCGACCAAGAAGCAGAAGGAAGAUGCACCGCCUACCGCUGCCCAAGAGGGCAUCUUUCUGGACGACCUCGACCCCAGGGAGCUGGACCCCGAAGUUGCUGCACUCUACUUCCCAAAGUUCAGGUCCCCGCUUUCCCCGCGUGGCAAGGACGACGACGCAGAAUCCGGAAACGGUCCGUCGCUGUCCCAGUCGCCCAACAGUGACAACGGGGUGAGCCAGAUGGCCGCUUUGCACUGUCUGGAUAGCGACUCGGAGGACCGUCAAACCCUUUUCGACUCCUGCAAGAACAAAUACUCUGACCUGGCGAUGUCGCUGUGCGGAGGCCUCCAGGACUGUGAGAAGUCCCUGAUGGAGGAGAAGUUUGCCCACUUCAUGGUCACCUACGACCACUUCUGCGAGAACCCGGACGUCCUUGGCAACCCCGACCUCGUUGUUAGGAUGGGGGGAAAGUACUACACCUGGAGUGCAAUCGCGCCACACCUUCUCUCGCUCGCCAUGUUCCAGAGGCCCCUUCCAGAGAAAACUCUUCACCAGCUGACCGACGCACACAUGCCCAAGAAGAAGAAGAAGUCGACCCUGUCCUGGUGGUCCUGGGGAAGAGCCGAAGUCAAGCCAGACGACGCCGUGGACAAAGCAGGCUCGCAGCACAGUGACGAAAACCUCUGCGUCAGCGAUGGGAGUGAAGUGUCGGAGAUGGUGGGAAAGCCAAGCGACAUUCCCAACACCGACGAAGUUAUCCUCAUCGAACACUACCAUUCCACUACCGUCGGAAAAUUAAUGGUGUCGAAAGAGACCAAGGAGGAUGCGUCGACAUCGAGCGAAGCAGAGACCUCUGACACUCGUAGGCCCCCCGAGCACCGCAAGAUAAACCGGGAGAAGCGGUCGUUCUUCUGCGACAAGUACAAGAAGUCUCUGCGCCUCUCUUCCGACGAAAUCGCCAGCCUCAACCUCAAGAGCGGUCCCAACGAAGCGGUGUUCAGCGUCACCACAGCGUACCAGGGAACCACUCGGUGCAUGUGCCACAUCUACCUCUGGAAGCACGACGACAAGAUUGUCAUCUCGGACAUCGACGGUACCAUCACUAAGUCGGACGUGCUGGGCCACAUCCUGCCGAUCCUGGGCAAGGACUGGGCCCAGUCCGGGGUGGCCAAGCUGUUCACCAAGAUCCACCACAACGGCUACCAGUUCCUGUACCUGUCGGCCCGGGCCAUCGGGCAGGCCCACAUCACGAGGGAGUACCUGCGCAGCAUCCGCCAGGGGGACCUCUGGCUUCCCGACGGACCCCUGCUCCUCUCCCCCACCUCCCUCAUCAAUGCCUUCCACAAGGAAGUUAUUGAGAAAAAGCCAGAGGAGUUCAAGAUAAGCUGUCUACGGGACAUCCAGGCCCUCUUCAACGUAACAGGAAACCCGUUUUACGCCGGAUUUGGGAACAAGAUCAAUGACACGCUAGCAUACAGGGCAGUGGGGAUACCGGUAUCACGGAUCUUCACUAUCAACCACAGGGGAGAAUUGAAGCUCGAACUGAUGCAGAACUUUCUGUCGUCGUACAACUGCUUGAGCGACGUGGUGGACCACGUGUUUCCACCGAUCCACCCCGGGAGCUGCGACGCCUACUGCAACGGGCGGAUGAUGACGUUCCCGGCCUGCGAAGAGUUCACCUCCUUUACCUACUGGAGAGACCCCAUCGCCCCCGUGGAGAUCGAGAUCGAGGAGCCCGCCAAGCCCGCCCCCAAGUGAGGGGAGGGCCCACCCUCGGUCCAGACUCCUCCCCCUUCUAGUCUCUUGGGGUUCCCAUCCAGUCAUCCUCUCGUCAGGUUCCCACCAGAGUUGUCAGCUCCCUCAACGCCGCACCAAAGAAACACACCCCGUGCAACGUUCCAAGUUUUUUCUUCUUUUACGUCCCUGAACAUACAAUGUUUCAUUCACAAUAUUUUUUUUUUAGCCAUUAUAUUCGUACUGACUUUAGCAGUCUCACGAACAAACCUGAGGAAACCGGUCGUCGUUUUAGGCCAAACAUUGUUUUUCCUCCCGUGAUAUAUAUAUAUAUAUUACUGGCAUACAAACUUAUAUUCCUCGGGCACCUCUCGAAGGGCGGUGUUGUUUAUACUUGAAAUUAUAGUAUACAUUGUUCCUAGUUGGUAGUUUGGGUUAACGUAGUCCCACACAAUAAUGAGGUCAUAAAGGUGCAAUUGAUGUGUGUAGCUUUUGUUGGAGUGCAUUCCUCACUUCCUAACGCAUUCAUCACUAGCUCGUGUUGUGGUCAAUUUCGUUUCUAGCUGAGGAUUUCUGGAGCUUUAUCUUUGUUUCAUUGUGGUUAACCCAACCUUACUAAUACUACAUUUUUGUUUUGUCAGCUGUCAUCUUGCGCACCUGGUUACCAACUUGACGGUUGUCGAUAUCUCGACAUAGAUGGGGCGCCGACGUCUUUGUGAUUGUGCAAGCCGCUGUUUGGCUAUUGUAUGGAACUUGUGGAAGAGGUUUGUUUUGUUGUUUUUCGUCCUAAGUUAUGAGAAGUAUGGCAAAUGUAGCAUCUAUAUCUUGUCACGGAACACACCGACGAAGAAGAAUUUGAGGCGGUCGAGUGGACAAAGUGCACAUCUUGCUUUGUUCAAGUCGCUGUACCUGAAAAUUGAGCUACGCAAUCCCCACAUUUCCAUUUCGAUGCUUCAAAAUCACCCCAACUCAUGAAACAUGUGGCAGUGCACACAUCACACAAAUGACUGUAUAGAAAUCCGCGAAACCAAACGUUGACUAAUUGUACGGUUACGCAUAUAUAAUAGUUGACCGGUGAGUAUUUUUGGGAGGGACUCUUUACUGACUGUGUCCCUAUUUGAGAUUGUAUAAAAGAAGAAAAAAAAAAAUAUUGAUGUCUAUUGUGCCAAGCCAGGACAUCAUAGACGGUUCCUUGCUUUAGUAAUGCGUUUAUUAUUUUAAGUUCUGUUUUCGUUAAUAAAUAUUGUUGGUUGUCAUAA